AAAAAUGGCUAAAUUCAUUAAAUCAGGUAAAGUUGCUAUUGUCGUUCGUGGUCGUUUCGCCGGUAAGAAGGUUGUCAUCGUCAAGCCACACGACGAAGGUACCAAGUCCCACCCAUUCCCACACGCCAUUGUUGUUGGUGUUGAAAGAAACCCAUUAAAGGUCACCAAGAACUUGGGUGCUAAGAAGACUGCCAAGAGAACCAAGGUCAAGCCAUUCGUUAAGUUGGUUAACUACAACCAUUUAAUGCCAACCAGAUACUCUUUAGAUGUCGAAAGUUUCAAGAGUGCUGUCACCUCUGAAGCUUUAGAAGAACCAUCACAAAGAGAAGAAGCCAAGAAGGUUGUCAAGAAGGCUUUGGAAGAAAAGAACCAAGCUGGUAAGAACAAGUGGUUUUUCCAAAAGUUACACUUUUAAAUAAAGUUUUGAAUUAAAAUUGGGUUCUUAAUUAGUUUAUAUAGUGUGGUUUUUCUCUCGUUCUUGUUGGGUUUAACAAAUAAUAAUUUACGAUCUAAGUAAAAUGAUAAGUGUAAUCUAACUAUGUAUAUUUAACAGUUUACAAAUAAACAUCAAAGUUGUACG